AUGAUGAAGAACGAUGACACAGAGACAUCAACGAGCAAACAAAAGGAAGGAGGAGGACCUUCUUCCAUCAAGUGUCCUAUGCUAAGCACGAGCAACUACACUGUCUCGGCCAUGCGCAUGAGGAUACUUCUCAGAGUAAACAAAGUAUGGGAUGCUAUCGAAACAGAGGACAAGGACGAGGAUAUGAAUGACCUCGCCAUGGCGUUACUUUUCCAGUCCAUCCCCGAGUCUCUGAUACUGCAAGUAGGAGAGCUAGACACAGCAAAGAAGGUAUGGGAUGCCAUAAAGUCUCGUCAUGUUGGGGCAGAGCGGGUGAAAGAAGCCAGACUGCAGACUUUGAUGGCAGAGUUCGACCGGAUCAAGAUGAAAGAUUCAGAGACUAUUGACGAUUUUGCUGGGAAUCUAUCUGCUAUUUCAUCUAAAUCUGCUGCUCUAGGAGAGGAUAUUGAGGAAUCGAAACUUGUCAAAAAUUUUCUUAAGUGUCUCCCUCGGAAAAAAUACAUACACAUGGUUGCUUCCUUAGAGCAAGUGCUCGAUCUGAACAAAACAAGUUUUGCAGACAUUGUUGGUCGCAUGAAGGCUUACGAAGAACGUAUUGCAGAAGAAGAAGAGGUCCUUGAAGAUCAAAAUAAAUUGAUGUACACAAAUUCGGAGCCUCAAGCACCACAAUCAAACCGUUUUGAACAAAAUCGUGACUUCAAUGGAGGAUACUAUGGAGGGUAUCGAGGCAGGGGUCGCGGAGGACGAUUUAGAGGAAGAGGCCGUGGGAGAUUUAACGGAGCAAGAGAUUUUUUAAAAGUUGAGUGUUUUCGAUGUGAUAAACUUGGUCAUUAUGCGUCAGAGUGUCCAGACAGAUUGCUCAAGCUACAAGAAACUCAAGAAACUGAUAUAAAAGACACUGAAGAAGCAGAUGAGCUCAUGAUGCAUGAGAUUGUAUUUUUGAAUGAGAAAAAGGUUGAUCCAAAGAAGUAUGAGACAGAUACUAAGGAGGAUAAUGUGUGGUACCUUGAUAAUGGAGCUAGCAAUCAUAUGACUGGAGACCGCAGGUAUUUUUCAUCUUUGGAUACUACUAUUACUGGAAAAGUGAGGUUUGGAGAUGACUCUCGCGUGGAUAUAAAAGGGAAUGGAUCUAUUGAGUUUGUCGAUAUGAAUGGGGAAGAAAGAACUAUGUCUAGCGUAUACUACAUUCCUGAUUUGAAGAGCAGUAUUAUUAGCCUUGGACAGGCGACUGAGGUUGGUUUUGAUGUACGAAUGCGAGGAGAAGACCUAACUAUGCACGAUACAGAUGGGAAGUUAGUUGUUAAGACUACUAGGUCAAGGAAUCGAUUGUACAAGGUUCGCAUGAACAUUAAAGACCACAUGUGUUUAAGUGUAAAGGUGCUAAGCGAGUCUAACAAAUGGCAUGCAAGAUUGGGGCAUAUAAACCUUGAGACAAUGAGGUCGAUGAUACAAAGAAGAUAG